UGGAUUACCAGCCACCACUUGCCUGUGGAGGUCAGCUGAAGACGACGCCACGCAGCUAGUCUGGAUUAGCCGGCCAAACGAGUUUCAAUGCUCCUCCACGUUCUAAGAUGAAGUUAUGGAAAGGUGCUACUUUUGCCUUCAUGCUCUGUGGUGCAGCCCUGUCCACCAUCCUUGUUAGAAACAUGGCCACUGGCGGACAGUUCAAACUUAAGACAGAAUAUCCACACACAUCUUCAUCCUCAUCAAGACCAUCUUCAUCAUUAGAAUCAACAUCUAGAACCUCAUCGUCGUCAUCAUCAUCAUCAUCAUCAUCAUCAUCCUUAGCAGGACCCAGAGUGUCGCCCCAGCAGAUGGGUGGUCUUCAUCGGAGGAUCCGCUCAGCAGACGACAUGAACGUCGUCCUCUCAGAGUUUUCCAUGAUGUUCCAGAGCUUCACGGAGGGCGAGCUUCAGCAUGUGAUCGGAACCUUGCUAGACAGGAAGAAGGGGAAGAGCCGACGCCUGGCUGAGAACCAGGCCCGAAGGACUAAAAGAGCCCGCAGACAAAAACCCUGCACUCUGAGGGAGCUGGAACUGACAGUGAGUGAACUGGGUCUCGGCUAUGAGAGCGAUGAGACAGUGCUGUUGCGUUACUGCAGUGGUAAAUGCACAGCCCACCGGCAUAACUAUGACAUCACAAUGCAGCAUAUGAUGCAGACAGGCUUCAAGAAGAAAGGCCGCAAGGACAAAGUUAUCAAUGGGCCCUGCUGCCGACCGACUGCUUUCGAAAAGGACUUUUCCUUUCUGGACAACAACAGCCGCUAUCACACAAUACAGAAUGUGUCAGCAAAAAAUUGUGGUUGCGUAUGACCCAGAGAAAUGAACUUGUCACUUGUACAUGCUGCUCUCAGACCCUGUUGGAAGAGUCAAACAUGGAUGCUGUUCAAAGACAAACUAUGGAAUAUCAUCUCAAAGGUUGGAGGAGAGGCUGUUCAUGGCUGCUCCACAGUAGCCUUUUUUGAUAGACUGACAUUUGGUCAUGUGUCACUUCAAGUUGGGACCAAAUCACAUGGAUAGCAAGUAUUAUGUUGAGAUGUUAUGUAAAAAGGCAGAAAAUGACUGUUGAUACCAAAAAGUUUUUAUCUUUUCUAUCUGUGUAGUAACACUGUAAACUGUGGUGUAACAACAAUGUAGAAACAUUAUGUUUGCAUUUUGUAGAUGAAUAGUAAUUACAUGCUAUAGACUCAUGAUGAUGAGUCAUGGUGGACUAGAUCUUUGCUGUUACUGCAUGUCCCAUGGGUGUUCACUUCAGUAAGUUCAAAUCUUGUAGUUUAAGGGGUUGUUAUGACCAAAGCCACUUUUCAUGGAGAAAUGUGCUGUACAAAUACAUUUUGAAGCCAUAAAUAUAACACAAAUAACAAAAGCCCAAUGUACCAAUGUUCACUUUAAGUUCUGCACAGGACAGUUUGACCUAUUGACCUGAUUAUAAUGUCUCGUGAUCAGCUGUCUGCAGAAAGUAUAUUGACUUAAAGGUGUGUUAAACUGUUGUUAUCACAGACCAUGACUUUGUGACCUGUGUCCCUGCUUCUAUGCAUUACUGUUACUGACUGCAGUGUUAUUACACAGGUGAAAGAACGAGUGUUAUUGAUAUGGCUUUAACAAUGAAAGAAAAUUAUUUUCUAGCGGUCCAGGUUUGAUACCCAUCUUUAAUAAGUGUGUUUUACAGUGUAUAUGUUGUGUAGAUUAAUGAUGAGGACUGGCUUCAAAACCUAAAACUACACUCUUACUUUAGCAAUAGAAAAAUACCAAAAUGUCCCCAUCUGCUCUCCAUAGAACAGCUCUCUUUUUUCUACUUUCCCCAAAUAACCCUGUGUAUAACGUGUAAUUACCCAUAAUCCUCUGGAAUUAUUUAUCCACAAUAAUUGCCAAAACAUACCAAGUCAAACCAACACACAUGAUGAAUUCACAAAGUUACAUUCAUAAACAUCUCACAUCUCGAGUUCCAGGUGAUAUAACCUGUUUAGUUCUUGUCUCUGGAUGUAAUUUGUUGAAGUUUACAUUUACAAAGGUUUUUAGCUAAUCUGAAACUCAAGUGUAAAAGAGAAGAAUGAUUUAAAUGAAAAGUAGUGGCAAAUUUUUUGUGUGUUUUUUCCCCAAUGACAUAAAACUGAAGCAGAUGUUGGGAUUUGAAGUUGUGUUGCACCUAUCCAUAAAACCAUGUAACAUUUUCUGAUCUAACACCCACAGUACAGCCUUCAACUAGCCCUACAAAUGCCUCCUUGUUGUAUUGCCUAGUAGAUUUUUAGAAAAAAAUUAAGCUGUAGAAAUGAAUCACGAAGCAUCUUCUUCACCUUCAAUGAUCUUUAUUUGGUCUGAACCCAUUUGCAGCUGCCUGAAGUACAACAAACUAUGUUUUUUUUGUUGUUGUUGUUUUCCUGAGGUGGUGAAUGUGGGAUGCAGAUGCGGUGCAUCUUUAUUGCAGAUUAUAUUGUAUUUAUUUGGGAAAUAAAUUAUGUUUUUUGCAUAUUUAUUUAGAUUACUUCACAGAAACAGGACCGCUUAUUAUCAUUAAGCAACUGUGCCAAAAAAUGUUUUAUCUAACAUCUUAUAUUGACUGCUGAAUAAACAUAAUUUCAGAGGUAUGGGUGUUCAUCAUUUAUCCCAAGCCACCUGGAGGUGUCAGAUAUUCUGUACUCCGAUUGUAUUC